AUGAACACAGGUGAAGGGAGGCGCAAAGCGGCCUCCACUUGCGCCUCCCAUCUGGUGGUGGUGACCAUGUUCUUCGGGCCCUCCGCUUUGAUCUGCACCCAGCCACAGCUGAGCAAAGUGCUGGUGACCCCUGUGAACAUUUUUAGCAACCUGGUCAUGCCCAUGCUGAACCCGGCCAUCUACACGCUGCGCAACAAGGAGGUGAAAGCGGCUCUGAAAAAACUUAGCGGGGCCUCACUCCAGAGUCUCCCCAGGCUGGUGUCCCCUGCAGCUCACCUACCAUCUCCCACGCUGUCUGUGGACCCCAGCCACACGGUGUAUCUCCCAGGGGAGUUGGUCACCCUCACGUGCUCAGCUCCUCGACGUAUCCGGCCUUCAGGAUACAAAUUCUACCAAGAGGGGCAGCAGCUCGACAGCUCCACUCGAGAAGCCCAGCUGGUGUUCAGAGCUCAGAAAGAAAUGGCUGGGUCCUACACAUGUGUGUACUGGAGACAGGAAUUCUAUUGGUCUAUCUCCACCUCUCGGAGCAGCAACUACAUUUCCAUAGCAGUGACAGAUCCCCUUCCAGCUCCCCAGCUCACCGUGUCCCCCCAGCAGCCCGUCUACAUUGCUGGAGAAGCCCUGACCCUGACGUGCUCAGGUACUGGGUCGCCUACUGUGUCUGGGGUCCGGUUCUUCAGGGAUGGCCAGGAAAUCCACUCCAAGGAACUCCCCUCCCCUCGGUACAGUUACACCGACUCCCUUCAGGUCCCAGGGCUGUCGGGAUCACAUUCCGGAGAGUACAGCUGUAAGUCAUGGAAGACAGUGUCUGGUCGAGAGAUCCCAUCGGGGAUGAGUGAAACCUUCAUGAUAGCUUUGACAGACCCCCUCCCAGCUCCCCAGCUCACUGUGUCCCCGCAGCAUCCCAUCUACAUCAUUGGAGAAUCUGUCACCCUGACAUGCUCUGCUGCCAGGGUGCCCACCGUGUCCGGGAUCCGGUUCUUCAGGGAUGGCCAGAAAAUCCACUCCAAGGAACUCCCCUCAUCUCAGAACAGUUACACCCACUCCCUGCCGCUGUCGGGGCUGUCUGGAUUGCAGGCGGGGGCGUACAGCUGUGAAUUAUGGAAGAUGAACUCUGGGCGGGAGAUCAUCUCAGAGAUGAGCAAACCCAUCUCAAUAAGGGUGACAGCCCCCCUCCCAGCUCCCCAGCUCACUGUGUCCCCACAGCAUCCUGUGUACAUCACUGGGGAAACUGUGACCCUGACGUGUUCAGCUGCUGGGGUGCCCACUGUGUCCGGGAUCCGGUUCUUCAGGAAUGGCCAGAAAAUCCAACUCCUGGAAUUCCCCUCACCUCAGGACAGCUACACGGACUCGCUUCUGUUCCCAGGGGUGUCUGGCUUGCAGGAUGGAGUGUACAGUUGUGAAUCCUGGGACACGGAAAAUGGGAGAGAGAUCCCAUCAGAGAGGAGCCGACCCAUCUCGAUAGGAGUGACAGACGCCCUUCCUGCUCCCCAGCUCACCGUGUCCCCGCAGCGGCCUGUUUACAUUGCUGGAGGAGCCGUGAACCUGACGUGCUCAGCGACCGGGGCACCCACUGUGUCCGGGAUCCGGUUCUUCAGGAAUGGCCGGGAAAUCCAAUCCCAGGACCUGCCUUCACCCCAGGACAGUUACACCAGCUCCUAUCAGCUGUCAGCAGUGUCUGAAUCACAUGAUGGAGAAUACAGCUGUCAAUCAUGGAAGACUAUGUCUGGCCAGGAAAUCCCAUCAGCGAUGAGCAAAACCGUCUCUAUAGCAGUGACAGCCCGCCUCCCCACUCCCCAGCUCACCAUGUCCCCUCAGCAGCUGGUCUACAUCUCGGGAGAAAGCAUGACCCUGACGUGCUCAGCAGUCGGGGUGCCCACCCUAUCUGGGAUCCGGUUCUUCAGGGACAGCCAGAAAAUCCACUCCAAGGAACUCCCCUCCCCUCGGGACAGCUACAUGGGCUCUGUUCAGCUCCCAGGGCUGUCGAAAUCACAUUCCGGAGUGUACAGCUGUGAGUCAUGGAAGUCAGUGUCUGAUCGAGAGAUCCCAUCGCUGAAAAGUGAAAACUUCUCUAUCACAGUGACAGCCCCCUUCCCACCUCCCCAGCUCACUGUGUCCCCACAACAGCCUGUCUACAUCACCGGAGAAUCUGUCACCCUGACCUGCUCAGCUGCUGGGGCACCAGCCCCGUCUGGGUUCCGGUUCUUCAGGGACGGCCAAAAAAUCCACUCCCAGGAAGUCACCUCACCUGGGUACAGCUCCACGUACUCGAUUUGGCUGUCAAGGGAGUCUGGGUCGCAAGCUGGAGCCUACAGCUGUGAAUUCUGGAAGACAGAGUCUGGGCGAGAGAUUGAAUCGGAGAGGAGCCCACCCAUCUCUAUAGCAGUGACAGCUCGUGGCUUCCUCUGGUUCCGGGAGUUGGCCGUGGGUGGCUCCUUCUUCCUCAUCAACGGUCUCAUCUUCCUUGUCUCCUAUUGCUGCUUUAGAUCCAGUAACUGAUCCAUGAGAGGACCUUUCCCCCAUCCAAGGCCAGAUUCAUUUCCUUAAGAGUGUCUGGUGAUGGUCCUUGUCAAGGGCUCUGUGAACAUCUACAAAGCCAUCAAGCCACCAAGCAGAGGAGGUGACAAAUCAGCUGUCAGCAGGGACUGGAGAAGGGGCACUGGACAUAAAGGCUACAUCUA